AUGACAACUUCCAACGCUUGUACAUUAUCAGAGGCACUUCUGAAAUAUGCCCAGGCGGUGGAUUCCUUCAAAUUUUUUUUCACUACUGCCAUCAAGGAUACAAAGUCUGAAUUUGCAAGUUUUCCUCAUGCCGUUCAAUUGUUGAACAAUGCAGAUCCCUUAGGAGAAGUGAUUGAGCAAAUCUCCAAGGAUCGCCUGACAACAUUAGUAACCGAUGAAGCCACUUUAGUCAAAUCAUUACCUCACUUGCAAGGUUUACAAGGUCACCCAAUCGUAAUCAAUGUGGAUUUGUCAUUACAAGACUAUUCAGUGAUUCCAUUUUUUAAGGAUCUCUCUAUCCCCAUUUUAAUUUCUUCCAAUGAGAAAAUCUUCGAUGUUAACGCUCAAAGAUCUCUAGACAUUGCCUCUAAAUGCUUAAGACCAGUGUUGCAUUUCAUCAAUUUUAAGAAUCUGAAGCACAAAGUGGAAGCUGAUGUGAAACCAACACAGCUUGCUGAAGAACCAGCUGAUCUGGAUGCUUUAGAUUUAGGUAGCAAAUUCGAUAUUAUUUCUACAAGUAAAACUCCUACCACUGCUGUGAUCAAUUAUUCAGCAUGCGAUUUUAGCUCAGUGCUACCUAAUGACACUAGUCUGGUUCAAAUUAAUGUUUACAGACCUUGGAGUAUACAAGAUCUGCUAACCGCUUUACCCAAUUCCAUUAAGAAAGUUGUUGUGGCCCAAAGUGCAACCCAAAAAUCAGAACAAAAUGGGUUUGAACCAUUGUUGUUAGAUUUCUUUCAAGAUUUCGACUCUUUGAUCGAGAAAGGUAUUGACCAAGUUAUAAUAUCCAAUAUCGGUUUGGUUACCGAUUUAAGCGCUGUUCUGGGUGAAAUUAUUAGUAAUGUCAAUUCAAAGGAACCAAAUCUGUCACUUUUCGUUGGUGAGCAAGUAAAAGAAAAGGAGACAAUUGAAGAAUUGAGCUCCCUGAAGAACGUUCUAGAUCUUGAAAAUGCCUACAUGAAAGUAAUAAGACAGCUGUUUACUUCAAAUUCGAACUUUUUAAACGAGUACACCAGUGAAACAGUUCAACAAAAUAAUCCAGAGUAUGGUUAUGGUUUGUUUUUAAACCAAAACAAAAGACGUGAAGAAUUGGUUGCUUUGGCAAGACGUUCUUUAGACCCAUCUCUUUACGGUACUACGGAUGCUGUUUCAUUCGUUCAACUACUUGGUAAGUGGGUUUCCUACCACGACCAAUCGCUGGACGAGUCCGCUUUGAAGGAGGCUAACGUUGUUAGUCAACAGGUGUUUGAAUUUUUACAAAAACAUGGAGAUUCAAAGAAGGCUUCUGAGUUUCUACAAUUAGGCUCUGACGAAGAAUCCUAUGUCUUCAAAUCCACUUGGUUGGUGGGUUCUGAUGCAUGGUCCUACGAUUUGGGUAACUCUGGUGUUCACCAAGUACUUUCCGGUAAAAAGAACAUCAACGUUCUAUUAAUUGACUCUGAACCAUUUGAACAUAGAAAGGAGACUCAACAGAGAAAGAAGGAUGUAGGUCUUUAUGCCAUGAACUUUGGUCAUGUUUACGUCGCUUCAGUGGCAGUCUACUCUUCGUAUUCACAGCUACUGACGGCAUUCAUUGAAGCCUCCAGAUACAAUGGACCAUCCAUUGUUCUUGCCUACUUGCCUUAUCACUCUGAAAGAGACACUCCUUUGGAAAUCCUUAAGGAGACUAAGAAGGCAGUGGGAUCUGGUUAUUGGCCAUUGUUCAGAUAUGACCCAAGCAAAGAGGAUGAUGAAGCUUUUGUCCUUGAUUCCUCUGUGAUUAGAAGAGAGUUGCAAACCUUCCUAGACAGAGAAAACAGAUUAACCUUAUUGUCCAAGAAAUACCCUGACUUUUCUAGAAAUCUUGUACAAUCGGCUAGCGAUAAGGUGACCAAGAAACAAGAACGUAGAGCCAAGCAAGCUUACGAACAACUGCUAGAAGGCUUAAGCGGACCACCAUUGCACGUUUACUUUGCAUCUGAUGGUGGUAAUGCGGCCUCUUUAGCUAAGAGAUUAAGCAAUAGGGCUGCUGCCAGAGGUCUGAAGGCAACUUGCCAAUCCAUGGACGAGAUCGAUCUAGAAGAUUUGCCUGGUGAAGAAAAUGUGAUUUUUAUUACUUCUACUGCCGGUCAAGGUGAAUUCCCACAAGACGGUAAGGGUUUCUGGGAUGCCUUGAAAGGUUCUACAGGUAUGGACUUGGGAUCUCUAAAGUUCUCUGUUUUUGGUUUAGGUGACUCGCUUUACUGGCCACGUAAGGAAGACAAACAUUAUUACAACCGUCCAUCCAGAGAAUUGUUCAAGAAACUGGAAAUUUUGGCUGCCAAGGCCAUCGUUCCAUUGGGUCAAGGUGAUGACCAAGACGCUGAUGGUUACCAAACGGCUUAUGGUCCAUGGGAAGAAGAAUUAUGGGAAGCCCUUGGUGUCUCCGGUGCCAAUGUUGCUGAUGAACCAAAGCCAUGGACUAACGAAGAUAUGAAGAUUAACUCUGAUUUCUUGAGAGGUACCAUUGUUCCAGGUUUGGAAGAUGAAUCGACUGGUACCAUUCACGCACAUGACCAGCAAUUGACCAAGUUCCACGGUUGCUAUAUGCAGGAUGACCGUGAUGUUAGGGAUGUUCGUAAGGCACAAGGCAUGGAACCAUAUUACGCCUUCAUGGCCAGAAUCAGAUUACCAGGUGGUAAGGCUAACCCAGAACAAUGGUUGAUUUUGGACAGACUUUCCAAUGAGAGCGGUAAUGGCACUAUGAAGUUGACCACCAGAGCUACUUUCCAAUUACAUGGUAUAGUGAAGAGAAACCUAAAACACACCAUUAGAGGUAUGAACUCUACAUUGAUGGAUACUUUGGCCGCUUGUGGUGACGUUAACAGAAACGUUAUGCUUUCAGCCAUUCCUCACAAUGCUAAAAUUCACCAACAGAUUUCUGACUUCGGCUACAAGGUCUCUGAGUACUUCUUGCCCAACACCACUGCUUACCACGAAAUCUGGUUGAACGGAGUAGAUGAUCGUGAUUAUGAUCCUAACUGGCCUUCAAUCUUUGAAAACAGGAAAGAUGGUCCUACAAAGAAAAAGACUAAAGUUAGUGGUGGUGCUCUGGUGGAUGUCGAGCCCCUUUAUGGUCCUACUUACUUGCCAAGAAAGUUCAAAGUUAACAUUGCCGUUCCACCAUACAAUGAUGUGGAUGUGUGGUCUAGUGAUGUUGGUUUAGUCACUAUUGUUGACCCAGAAACUCAAGAGGUGACUGGUUAUAACAUGUAUGUCGGUGGUGGUAUGGGUACUACUCACAAUAACAAGAAGACUUACCCAAGAACAGGUUCUUUGUUCGGUUAUUUACCAGUAUCUGACGUUAUCAAAGCUAUUGAAGGUGUUAUGAUUGUUCAAAGGGAUAAUGGUGAUCGUAACGACCGUAAGCACGGCCGUUUAAAGUACACCAUCGACGAUAUGGGUGUUGAUAUUUACAAGUCUAAGGUGGAAGAACACAUGGGUAGGAAAUUUGAACCAGGAAGACCAUUCGAGAUUAAGGAUAACCAUGACUACUUUGGCUGGGUCAAGGAUGAGACGGGCAUGAAUCACUUUACCGCCUUUAUCGAAAAUGGUAGAGUCGAGGACACUGUUGAGUUACCUCAGAAGACCGGUAUGAAGAAGGUUGCUCAGCUAAUGCAAAAGCAUGGCUCUGGUCAUUUCAGACUAACAGGUAAUCAACAUGUUGUAAUUUGUGAUAUAAAGGACGAGCAUUUGGAUGAAGUCAAGAAAGUUCUUCACAAGUAUAAGUUGGAUAAUACCGACUUCAGUCCAUUAAGAUUGCAUUCUGCCUCCUGUGUCGGUCUUCCAACUUGUGGUUUGGCUAUGGCAGAAUCUGAACGUUAUCUACCUGAGUUGAUCAGUAAAGUGGAGGACAUUCUGGAAGAGCUAGGAUUGCGUCACGACUCUGUUGUGAUGAGGAUGACUGGUUGUCCCAACGGUUGCGCUCGUCCAUGGUUAGGUGAAGUUGCCUUAAUUGGUAAGGCACCAGAGACUUACAAUUUAAUGCUUGGUGGUGGUUACUACGGUCAAAGAAUCAACAAGCUAUACAGAGCAUCCGUCAAGGAGGAAGAGAUACUAGAAAUCCUAAAAGACCUAUUUAAGAGAUGGUCUCAAGAGAGAGAGGAAGGUGAACACUUCGGUGACUUCUUGAUCAGAGUCGGUGUGAUUGCACCAACUUUAGAAGGUAAAUACUUCCACGAUGAUAUUCCAGAGGAAACUGUGUGA